AUGCGAUUCUUCAGAAGCAAAAAUGAGUAUAGCUGGAACAGAGAAGCAAACAUGUUGUAUUUGGAAACCCCAGUGGGAGUGGGUUUUUCUUAUUCAACUGAUGCCUCCUCCUAUGAGGCAGUGUCUGAUCAACAAACUGCCAGGGAUAACCUUGUGUUCUUGCAAAGAUGGUUCCUCAAGUUCCCCCAAUACAUGCAUAGGGAUCUGUUCAUCACAGGAGAAAGCUAUGCAGGUCACUAUAUUCCUCAACUUGCAAAACUAAUGACUGAAUUCAAUCAAAAGGAAAAGUUAUUCAAUUUGAAAGGCGUUGCUUUGGGUAAUCCGGUUUUGGAGUUCGCUACAGACUUUAAUUCAAGGGCAGAGUUCUUUUGGUCUCAUGGGUUAAUAUCAGAUUCGACAUACAAAAUAUUCACUUCUUCAUGUAAUUAUUCGCGGUAUGUGAGCGAGUAUUACAGAAGCUCAGUUUCACCUGUUUGUUCAAAGGUUAUGAGCCAAGUGAGCAGAGAAACCAGUAGAUUUGUGGACAAAUAUGAUGUCACACUCGAUGUCUGUAUUUCAUCCGUGCUUUCACAGUCCAAGAAAAUUAGUCCUCAACAAGUUGGUGAAAAGAUUGAUGUGUGCGUCGAAGAUGAAACUGUCAAUUAUUUAAACAGACAAGAUGUGCAGAACGCAUUUCAUGCCCGGCUUGUUGGAGUAAACAGAUGGGUUGUUUGCAGUGACAUUCUAGAUUAUGAGCUGCUAGAUGUGGAGAUACCUACAAUCUCUUUAGUUGGAGAACUUAUUAAGGCUGGAAUUCGAGUCUUGGUUUACAGUGGUGAUCAAGAUUCUGUUAUUCCACUGACUGGAAGCCGAACCUUGGUUCGUGGGCUGGCAAAUCAAUUGGGAUUGAACACGACUGUACCAUAUCGUGUUUGGUUUGGAGGGCAACAGGUUGGUGGAUGGACUCAAGUUUAUGGUGAUACCCUCUCAUUCGCCACCAUUAGAGGUGCUUCUCAUGAAGCUCCUUUCUCACAGCCGGGGAGAUCGCUUGUACUAUUCCAGUCAUUUUUACAAGGCAUGCCUCUACCGGAAAUGUUCUAAUAUGUAUCAAUCCAAUUCCCAUAGCUUGAGAUUGUAAGUUGGCUUGUUGUUGGUAAAUAGUUGUCGAAGUAGAAGAGGUUUUUCUGUAAGAAGAGAAGCAAAAAGAGUACAUGCAGUUCUUUCUUUUCCAUAUUUUAUUGAUGUAAAAAGACUGUUUGUUGUGGGUUGGAAUUUUUCUUUUUAAUGUAUACAGAAAAGAACAAUGAUGCCUUUGAUGACUAUGAUUUGCGGUACUAAUAGAUCACCAAACUUUUUGAAA